AUGGCUCGCUCACUCGCUCUCCUCGCCUUUUCCGGCGCCGUCAUGGCUGCUCAGUCCACCACCGUGUCUCUCCUGCUGCCCUUUGCGGACCCUCAACCCUUGGUCGGCUCAGUUAUUGCCGUUGACAGCACGGCUACGACCUAUGCUUACGGAUGCCCUUCUGGAACUUCUCCCGAUGAUUGCGGGCUUCUCGGCAGCGAGACUGUUACUCAGGGUCCAUCCACCUGGGCCUUUUCCAUGUCUUUCUCUGCUGAAGGCAACUCAGUUUCCGAGGGAGGUACAUGUGUGCUCAACACUGCCAAGGACGCCGCUUCAUGCAGCAUUGAUUUCGCCCAAGUAUCGGGCGGCAGCAUCUCUGCUUCCGGCAGCUCUGGAGUUGAGGCUUUCCUGACUUUCCAGCUUCCCGUCACCAUCACCGCCGGUCUCGAGAAGCUCAAGGCCACUCCCGGCGCCACUGCCACCGCCACCGACAGCUCAACCUCUGCCCCCACCAACACCGGCGCCUCCCAGGCUGCUCCCUCAGGCUCUACAUCUACGACUCUCGCCAGACAGACAUCCGCUGCAAGCACCGGUAACAGUACUCGUACCUCUAUUUCGUCUACUUCGACGGCCGGUCCCCAGAGCACCAAUGCUGCGGGCAUUGUAAACGCCCAGAACGGUCUGCUGGCUGGCGUUGCUGCUCUCGUUGGCGGUAUUAUGAUGCUGUAA